AUGAUUAGACCGACCGUUCCUGUGCAGAUAGAGAUAAGGGUAGUGGAGGAAGAGACAGUCCACGAAGAACAAAUGAUUAGACCACUUCAACAUCAGGGCGUCGAAUCAGGAAUCGCUGGACGUAACCAGAUGGUAAUGGUUAACCGACACCAGGAUGCCGACCAUAUUGUCGAUCAACAUCGACAAGACGAUCUGGCAGUGGAAAAUAAUUUGACAAAUAUUGUCGAAAGGAUUAUGGCUAGAAAUGGCAUGAGUGCUACAUUACAAAGGCCAUUAUACGUGUCCCCGUUAGCUGAAUUCAUUCUCCAAGUUGAGGCGCCUAGGGGGAUGAAAGUGCCAAAGUACACAAAAUUUGGGGGAGAAUCUGGUGAAUCGACAAUAGAGCACGUCGCCAGAUACCUAAUAGAGUCAGGGGAUUUAGCUCAUAACGAAUGUUUAAGAGUAAAAAACUUCCCCUCCUCUCUAACCAAGGCUGCCUUCACAUGGUUUACGUCGUUGGCCCCUAGUUCAAUCAACUCAUGGGCCAAAUUAGAAAAGAAGUUCCAUGAACAGUUUUACGAAGGACAUUCCAAAAUCAGUUUGGCAGAGUUGUCCAGUAUUAAGAGAAGGUUCGCUGAAGGUAUAGAUGAUUAUUUGAAUCAUUUUAGGUCCUUAAAAGCUAGGUGUUUUACGCAAGUGCCAGAACAUGAACUAGUUCAAAUGGCCGCGGGGGGUUUAGAUUAUUCCAUUAGGAAGAAGAUAGAUCCAACAUUUGUGAAAAGUAUGUCACAACUAGCCGACAGAGUCCGACAUCUCGAACGACUAAGGCUAGAAAAAGUUAGGCAUAAUAAGUCUAAAAAGGAAAAGGUAGCGUUUGUCGAAUACGACUCGACAGACCCAAUACGUGAGGUCGAUUAUGCUUCAUCGACCGAAUUAGAAAUCGACGUGGCUGAAUUAAAGCCAGGGUCCGCCUAUGAGUGCCGCUCAUUGUUGCCUGCGCAAGGCAAAAAUCCUGUCGAAAACAGCUCAAAAUUCCCUUCGAAAACUUAUACUUUCGACGUGUCGAAGUGUGAGGAAAUUUUUGACUUAUUAGUCAAAGAUGGGCAGAUGGUGGUACCGCCUGGUUGCGACACCAGUGAGGCAAAUGCUGGGAAGAAAAUGGUUGUGAAAGUCGACACAGCGGCGAAGGAACGGAUAAGAGAGUACGUCCGUCGACCUGCGGAAAAAUGUUCUGAUGAAGAGACUGAUGAUUUCAAUUCAGAAUCUGAAGCAAGCCUCGACAUCCUGGUCAACAUGGUGUCAAUCCUACCACAAGAAUACAAAUGUGUGACUGAAGUCGAAGGGUCAGUGGACAAUGAUGAUGCUGAAGAAAUGGCUCUGCACCAACCAAGAUGCUAUUUUGUGUUGAGUGAGGGUUCUGCUGAAAGCCAAGAGGCAGUGUUCGAAAGACCAACGAUGAGCAUGAAAAACCAUUUGAAACCGCUGCUGAUCAGGGCAAAAGUGGAAGACGUGACUGUCAACAAAAUUUUGGUCGAUUGUGGGGCCACGGUCAAUAUCAUGCCACACCAUAUUCUGAGGAAGAUUGGCAAAUAUGACACCGACAUCAGGUCUAACAACGUGGUCUUGUCAUACUAUGGAGGAAAAAUGAAAAGCACCAUGGGAGUGAUUAUGGUGAAGGUCACAGUAGGUUCAGUUACCAGACCGACACUAUUCAUGGUGAUAGACGCCAAGCCAAGUUACAAUGUGCUACUUGGCAGAGAGUGGCUACAUGGCGUCAAAGCUGUACCAUGUUCAGCACAUCAAAGGUUGGUGAUUUGGAGAGAAGAUGGAGUGGCCGAAAAUAUCGAGGCCGACCAAGGAUAUUUUAUGGCCGAUGUGAAUAAUGUCGGCAAGAAAGAGUUUGAAAGAAAGUCGGCCAACAUAUCGCCUUGCUUCCCAACUGAGGAUGUAUAUGCUAAUCUAAGUGAAGCUUUCGUCUCACUAGCUCUACAUAUAACUCUUGGUUUCAUUUGGGAUGUGGAACGUUUAGAUGAUCCACCAUACACAGGUAUCCGGCCGACAGGCUGGAGAGACGUCAAUGAUGAUGUCUGA